CACCGUCUCCUCAAUUAACAACCCACGAUUCCACGAAAGUAGGCAUUUUCAGAAACAGUGAAACUACCCUUCUCGCACGCAAAAGGAAGAAGAAAAGCUUCAGCACCAGCAAUGGGAGUAGCAACGCCCGGGAACAACAUGCCUCUGGUAAUAAAAAUCCUCUCGGCCCUCUUCGAACGCACGACCAAAAGAAACGAUGAACUCGCAGUUUCUCAAGAGCAGAAUCGCCGACCAACGCGGGCAGCAGAGGCCUUCUCCAACCCAACUUGCCAUGCAUUCUCCAUUCAGAGAUAUCUCGAACACAUCUUUGAUUGGAUAGAUUGCAGCUUAAGUUGUUAUGUAAUCGCCUACAUUUACGUAGACCGAUUCCUUUAUCUCAACCCCUCCGUCAUUUUAGAUUCCAGCAAUGUACAUCGUUUCCUCAUCACAAGCAUCCUCACUUCUGUCAAAUUCAUGGAUGGGAGUAAGCAUGACAAUCUACACUAUGCGAUUGUGGGAGGCAUCAGUCUUCGUGAGUUGAAUGAAUUGGAGGUGAAAUUUUUGUUUGGAUUGCGCUUCAAUCUACAUAUCACUCCAAGCACCUAUUGCGGCUACCAUUCAUUUCUGCUAGGACAGGCGCACACUAUGGACAUUGGAUAUCCUCACUUGUUGCAAUUCGUCUCAUUAGCGAGUGACGGAAGUGGGCUAAGCGAAGAUGUUUAGUGAUUUAGAAGCAGCAAUAGGAUGGGAGAUUAAGCACUAGAGGAGGUUUUUGGCUUCUUUUUUUGCACAGAAUAUUAUGUUUUUUCUUGAAUGGUGAAGGGGAGAGUUCUAUUUUCUCUUUUAAUUAAGGAGCGUUUGUUGCUUCACAUUUUUUGUUUUUGAAUUUGAUAGGAAACCUGCGAUUCUUUCAUUAAUGAAGCUCUUUUUAUU